UUAAUAUCCUGUAUAACAGCCGGUCAUUUUCUCUGGCUUGUUGUAGGAAAUCAGUUACAGACAAACAGAACAUCAUGGUGGAUAACUUUAGCUGGCCAGUACAGGGAUUGAACCCAUGACCUUGGCGUUAUUAGCACCAAUAGCACCAAUUACAUCAAUACAUCUAAGCAAAUACAAAACAAAAUGAACCAAAAAAACGCAAGUCCUCACUCCUCCUCCCCUUUAAAAAAAGAAAAUAAAUGAAUCAACAAUUUUGCUACUCUUUUUUAUUCCCUUCGUCACAGUUAAAUCAGAUGCACUUAUGACAAAGAACUGCACAGAUGCAGAUGUCACGGCUGUGGAUUUGAGGGGAGCUGACUGCUGGAAGUCAAAGAUGUCGUAUUUAAGUUUAUGUUCUGCUUGUUCAACAGUUGAUUAAUAAAUUGCUAUUAAACACAUUCAGACAGAUUUGAGGAGAUAGUUUUAUUCUCAAUUCUUAUUGUUUUGUUUAUGGGGCAUCAGAAAUUCAGGGAAAAAAUGGUAUACUGUUUUCUAACAGUAAAACUAAUGAUGUUUUCUAGCUGUAAUUCUAACAUGACAAGAAGCCAACUACAACAUGGCAAGCACAACAUCACACACGACACUGUUGGCAAACUUAUUAAUACAUUCAAAAAGACUGGAAGUGUUGCAGACCGACAGAGAAGUGGACGUCCAGGAACACCCACUGACGAAGGCAUAACCGACCUUGUGCUGAGUACAUAGUCCCCUAUGUAUGUUCAAAAACUGUUUUUACACUUCACUAAUCUGUAUACUACAUGUGAUACCAUAUGUAUCACAUGAAUGUAAUACAAUAAAUAUGAUAUAAAUGUAAUCUUCACUGUUAAAUUCCAUUACAGGAGAGUUAUUAGUUGUUCUAACUGCUUUGAAUAAAUGUCAUAGGCCAAAAUCAAUGCUCAUUUUAAUUGCUGUUUUACUAAGCAAUUUAGGUUUAAUUAUCUAGAAAAUAACACACUACUGAGUUACAUCCACAAAAAAUACAUCAAUAUCUUCAUUAAAUAAACAUUUCUAUCUUUUUCUUUUGUUUAUGUGUGAACACAUCUAUAUGAAAUGUGAAUGAUGUGUUUUCAAAUGAUGCAUUUUUAAGCACAUUUGUGUAGUAGCACCAAUGAAAACUUUAUGAAUGUGCAUCUAAACAUUCAUAACUUCCUUAUGAAUGUGACUGUGUUGUGCAUUGGGAUUAUGUCAUUAUGUUGUGCAGAAAAUAUGAUAUUUCUCACAUGAUAAUGACUUAAAUGUCUUGAGUUUACAAGAAUUGAUAGUGAAGUAAGGGGGAGGGGGGAGGUUGCUAGGUGCUGGAGGUAUUGUUUUUUGAAUAUUAGAAUAUUUUUUGAAUAUUUACAACUUCUGACGUAUUCCAACUCACAACUCGCCUGCGAUCGGAUCCUUUCAGCAAACCUCGCAUCUCUUGAGCAAAUCUUUACAUUUCUGAACAUCUCUAUUCACCUUUUUAACAUCUUUACCACUAAUCUGAGCAUUUUCCUGCACGAAUGUCAUCUUCUGAAGAAAUGCCACUUUUCUCCAUCUGGGAUUCCAUCUGGGAUUCCAGCUCUGGACCGCGGGUUGAGGCUGGUGACCUGCGACACCUUGUCCCGGCCCCCCAUGUGUACCACCAGGAGCAGCACUUUACUCCCAGCACUCAGGGCCAGGUUUAUACCAACCUGCCUGACCAGCCGGAUUACGCAAGCUGGGAUUCGUCCAACUCUGGACCGUGGGUUGAGACUGGUGACUUCCAGCACCUUGUCCCUGCCCCCCACGUUUACCACCAGGAAGAGCAGUUCACCCCAAGCACUCAGGGCCAGGUGUAUUACAUCCUGCCUGCCCAGCCGUAUUACGCAAGCUGGGAUUCGUCCAACUCUGGACCGUGGGUUGAGGCUGGUGAUGUCCAACACGUUGUCCCUGACCCCCACUUUUACCACCUGGAACAGCAGUUCGCCCCCAGCACUCAAGGCCAGGUGUAUUACAUCCUGCCUGCUCAGGUGUAUUACCCCAGCUGGGACACUAUUUCCUGCUCUGGACCGUUGGUUGAAGCUGGUGACCUGCCACACCCUAUCCCAUCCUCCCACGUGUACCACCAGGAGCAGAUAUUCACUCCCAGCGCUCAGGGCCAGCAGAUAGAGCUUCCAGGGAUGGCUGGACUGUCAGAGGACCAAUAUUGCACCUUCAUGCCUGCUGGAGAGUAUCCUGUUGAUGGAUUGUACGGCCCUGCUGAUAUUCCUCCUGUACAAGAACAAGUCCUUCCUCCUCUGGACAAGCAGGAGCACACACUGAAUAUCUGGGGACCUAGUAGAAGACAUCAGGGCCACAGAUCCACAGAUCCAAGUCCCUAAUGAAGGAAUUAAAUAUAGAUCUACAUUGUCAAAACAAAGCUUCCAAGAUUUAUCGUGCUUACAAUACUUGCACAUCACACACAACACUGUUGCCCAACUUAUAACCAAAUUCAAAUAGACUGCGGACCAACCGAGAAGUGGACAUCCACGAACAUCCACCAACGAAGGCACAACCGACGUGGUACUGGCGUACAUAGUCCCUUAUGUAUGGAGACUUUUGGAACAACCUGUAUAUUCCCCAAGAAAAAUAAUUUACUACAAAUCAACGACAGACAAACAAACAAACAAAAAAUAACAAUAAA